ACGGAAUCAUCAAUUAUGCUACUUCAAAUUGAAUGAGAUGCCGAAUGAGCCCAAAUAUAUUCCAAAAAUGUAUUAUUAGAGUUGAGAAAAUGUCGUCUCUCUCUUACAGGUACAACAGGGCGUUCAUCAUCUGGAUCCGCCGUAACCGCAACAUCCCAGAGCAGUCUCACGCACCGCCAUCUCGCUUGGCAUACUCCUCCUCCAUCCGCUCCUCAUACAGGCGGUCGGCCUCCUUCUCGGCCUCCGUCUUGGGCCGCGUCACUCCGGCGCCCGAGUUGGCGCCGGCCCCGGUGGCGACAGCCGCGGCGGGGGUGGACUGCGAUUGCUGUUGCGGGGUGGUGGUGUCGGCCGGUUGGCUGGUGGUGGUGGAGGAGGAGAAGAUGGGGAGGCCCAUGUUUGCGAUGUGGGAUAUUUUGCGUGGAGAGAAGUGGGGAUUUGAAGGGUCUUUUUAUGGUGUCCCGGAUGUAUUUGCUGACGGAUUGUGAUGAGUUGGGGUUGCGAGGUCUUACUCUGGUGGUGGUUGAUGGCCGUCUUAUACCGCAGUGUGGCGAGUGCGGUACGUCACAUCCCCAACAUC